AGCCGAGGGCCAGUCGGUGCCGAGGCGGAACGCGGGAACGAUGGCGGCGUUGGCGGCCUCGGGGCCCAGGUGUCGGAGCUGGUGUUUGUGCCCCGAGGUGCCAUCCGCCACCUUCUUUACCGCGCUGCUCUCGCUGCUGGUGUCCGGACCCCGCCUGUUCCUGCUGCAGCCGCCCCUGGCGCCCUCGGGCCUCUCGCUGCGGUCGGAGGCCCUGCGCAGCUGGCAAGUUUACAGGCUGGUGACCUACAUCUUUGUGUAUGAGAACCCAGUCUCCCUGCUCUGCGGUGCUGUCAUCAUCUGGCGCUUUGCUGGCAGUUUUGAGAGAAGCGUGGGCACCGUCCGCCACUGCUUCUUCACCUUGGUCUUCACCGUCAUCUCCGCUAUCAUCUACCUGUCGUUUGAGGCCGUGUCAUCGCUGACAAAGUUGGGGGAGGUGGAGGAUGCCAGAGGUUUCACCCCGGUGGCUUUUGCCAUGUUGGGAGUCAGCUCUGUCCGUUCUCGCAUGAGACGGGCCCUGGUGUUUGGGGUGGUUGUGCCCUCAGUCCUGGUACCAUGGCUUCUGCUGGGCAUCUCGUGGCUCAUUCCCCAGACCUCUUUCCUCAGUAAUGUCUGUGGACUUGUAAUUGGGCUAACAUAUGGCGUCACUUACUGCUAUUCCAUCGACCUCUCGGAGCAGGUAGCACUGAAGCUCGAUCAGAAGUUCCCCUUCAGCCUGAUGAGGAGGAUAUCGAUGUUCAAGUACAUCUCAGGGUCUUCAGCUGAAAGAAGGGCAGCCCAGAGCCGGAAGCUGAAUCCUGUGCCCGGCUCCUACCCUACUCAGAGCUGCCACCCUCACCUCUCCCCAGGCUACCCUGUCACCCAGAUGCAGGACACCAAUGGCCAGAAGCUUUCCCCCUGGCCAACCUGCUCUCCUGGGCACAUGCCCACCCUGCCUCCGUACCAGCCUGCCUCUGGCCUGUGUUACGUGCAGAACCAUUUUGGCCCAACCCCCAACUCCUCUGGCGUCUACCCGGCUUCAGCGGGUGCCUCUCUGGGGGUCCAGCACCCCACCCCCCUCAGCUGCCCUGGCACGGCGUAUUCUGGGUCCCUGAGCACUCCGGUGUCCGCUGGCACCAAGGAAUGCUCAAGGGUCCCAAUUCCCUGAUUGAGGGAAUUUCUGUGGAAGUUACUUCACACCUUAGCAUUCUGAAGAAGGUCUUCUCUAAGAUUCUUCUGAUUUAAAAAAAAAAAAAAUUAUUUAUUGAACACGUCUACGUGCAGACUGUGCUGAGUACUUUGAUAAUGUCACCCUAUUUUAGUCUCAUCCUGUGACAACUUUGUGAAGUACAGUUUCUUGCCCCCAGUUUACAGAUGAAGACAGUGAGGCAUUAUGUGAUUACAUAAAGUCACGUAGCUCAUUAGUGGCAGGGCCGGGUUCUUGGCCCAGAGUCUAGAACUCUUCUGCACACUCUCUCCCCCUGGGGGUCAGUGACUGCCAGUGGCUCUUUCCAGCUUGACUUUUCUUCCUGUCAUUGUAUGCAGUGUUUGGUUAUAUAAUGUCCUUGUGCCUGUGCCUGCCCUUCAGGAGCUGCCAGCUGGUAUGCCUGGUGAUCCCCAAGCCUGUGUAGUGUACUGUCAGGAUUCCCCCUUGCAGCUAUCCCUACCCUGAUUCUUCUGUCCCAGAAGCAGUGAGAUGGGCCAAUGUGACUCCAACGUGCUAAUAGAUCCAUGGUGUUGAUUAUCUUUGUAUAAAGAAAUUGCUACA